AUGAAUUCUCACCCUUCUAGCUUUGAGUUUGGAUCAAAUUGUGUUGAAGGGAAUGUGAACCUCAAGGACAACAUGCAUCAAGGAUGGAACAAUCAAGGUUGGGAAGAGCCACAAGCUUAUGGACAACCUUCUUGGCAACAACCCCCUCCGGUCUCAUAUAGGUAUAACUCCAAUUCUAAUGCAUACCAAUCUAAUAGGCGUGGUAGUUCCUGUUGUACGUGUCGCCAACCUCCACCACAUGCCUAUGGACCAUCUCAUCAACAUGAUCCCCAACCAUACUCACAAACCCCUUUUAACCAAAUACCUUCCCAUGAUUCAUAUCCAUCAUAUGACCAAUCACCCAUACCACAUCCUUAUGACCAAUAUGAGCAAGAACCUUUAGAACCACCACAAUCUUAUCAUGAUUAUUACCAAGAACCACCUCAAUACACACCACCACCAUAUUUUGAACAGGAAGAACCACCUUUCUACGAUGAAUCCUUUCUCCAAAAUGAUGAACCUUCCUAUCCACCCCAGGCCUAA